AAACCCUUCCCGGCAAUGUAAUGUUUUAAUUGUAGUUGCAUUAUUGCAUUAAGUUUAAGUUUGUUGAAUAUGAGUAUAUCUGUGUUGGUCAACCCAAUAAGGUGAUGUAUGGUUAGGACAGGGUUCUUUAUUGGUUGUAAGAAAAAAAAUGUCGUCAUUAGAUAUAAAGACCAGAGUUUUGCUUUCACAUAAACACGACAUUUCUCAUAAAAUUUUACCACCGACUUUUCCAAAGGUCAUUUGCGACAUUUCUCGUCAGGUUGGUUGGCUGUGUUGGUUUUCCGCGCCGCCAUUCCAAAUUUCACGCUCCACAUCCCUACCCCCUUUUCCUUUUACAACAUUAAAGCACAUAAUGAACGUGUUAAAACUUCAAAAGAAAUUUCCCAAUUUGCAACAAUCGGACUUGUUCACCAUAAUUGAUGAUUUCCGGGCCAUUGACUUGGAAGACAAGGGAUAUGUCGAAAAACAAGAUGUCUACAACUCAAUCUCCAAACAAGGAGUAUAUACUUAUGAUCAAGCCAGAGAAACUUUGAAAAAAGUCGAUGUGGAUGCUUCUGGUCAUGUUGAAUUGGAUGACUAUGUCGAAUUGGUUGCUAAAUUAAAGGAAUCCACUUUAGCUCCAGAAGCUCCCGCUCCUGGUUCUGUGUCUCCUAGAAUUAGUAAGAAACAACCACCUCCAGUUCCUACUGCCAGUUCUAAGAACAAGACAUUUAUUACUGGUAAAUCGGAAGGUACCACCCAUACCAUUAACGAUGACGAAAGAAUUGAAUUCACCAGGCACAUAAACUCCGUAUUGGCUGGUGAUGCCGAUAUUGGCAAGAGAUUGCCUAUUGAUCCAAACACUUUCCAAAUUUUUGAUGAAUGUAGAGAUGGGUUAGUUUUGUCUAAAUUGAUUAACGAUUCUGUUCCUGACACCAUUGAUACUAGAGUUUUGAACUUGCCAAAGGCCAAGAAAUUGAACAAUUUCCAAAUGUCGGAAAAUGCCAAUAUUGUUAUCAAUUCAGCCAAGGCCAUUGGAUGUAUUGUUGUCAAUGUUCAUUCUGAGGAUAUAAUUGAUGGUAAAGAACAUUUAAUUUUGGGUUUAAUUUGGCAAAUCAUUAGACGUGGUUUGUUGUCUAAAGUUGAUAUUAAGUACCACCCUGAAUUAUACAGAUUAUUGGAAGAUGAUGAAACUUUGGAACAAUUCUUGAGAUUACCACCUGAACAAAUCUUACUUAGAUGGUUCAAUUACCAUUUAAAGAAUGCUGGUUCAAACAACAGAGUGUCCAACUUCUCUAAGGACAUUGCUGAUGGUGAAAAUUACACUAUUUUACUCAACCAAUUAGUCCCAGAACAAUGUGAUUUAUCCCCAUUGAAAGAAUCAAACUUGAUUGCUCGUGCUGAAAAGAUCUUGGACCAUGCCGACAGAAUUGGAUGUAGAAAGUAUCUUACAGCCAGCUCUUUAGUAGCAGGUAAUCCUAAGUUGAAUUUAGCAUUUGUGGCCAAUUUGUUUAACAAUUACCCAGGGUUACAACCAAUUGAACCACACGAACAAAUUGAGAUUGAAGAAUUUGAUGCCGAAGGAGAAAGAGAAGCCAGAGUAUUCACUCUUUGGUUGAAUUCCUUGGAUGUUGAACCACCAGUCAUUUCUCUUUUCGAAGACUUGAAAGAUGGGUUGGUCUUGUUACAAGCUUACGACAAGGUCUUGCCUGGAUCUGUCCUGUUCAAACAUGUUAACAAAAAACCAGCAAAUGGAGAAGUUUCAAGAUUUAAAGCUCUUGAAAACACAAACUAUUCCGUUGAAAUUGGUAAAGCCAAUGGUUUCUCUCUUGUUGGUAUUGAAGGUUCCGAUAUUGUUGAUGGUAACAAACUUUUAACUUUAGGUUUAGUUUGGCAAUUAAUGAGAAGAAACAUAAUCAAUACCUUAUCUGAGUUGGGUAAAGGUGCCAACUUGAGUGAUUCGGAUAUUCUUAAGUGGGCUAAUGCUCAAGUUGCAAAAGGUGGCAAAUCAUCUAAGAUCAGAAGCUUCAAGGAUGAAUCAUUGUCUACUGGUGAAUUCUUAUUGGAUGUUCUUAACGGAUUGAAACCAGGUUAUGUUGAUUAUGAUUUGGUACAUAAGGGAACUAACUUGUCUGAUGAUGAGAAGUAUGCCAACGCUAAGUUGGCCAUUUCUAUUGCUAGAAAGUUGGGUGCUUUAAUCUGGUUGGUUCCUGAGGAUAUUAACGAAGUCAGAAGUAGAUUAAUUUUAUCAUUUGUUGGUAGUUUGAUGGCGGUUGCUGAAACCUUAUGAGUCUGUUUAUAUUACUAGCUAUUUGAUUUUGUAGUUUUAAAAUAAAUGUUUUGUUUAG